UUUUAUCAUUUAACCAUAAUCAAUUAAGCUUUAUUUAAAUAUGGCAGAAAAUAUAUUAUCAUCUUGGGAAGUUGAAGCUUUCAUAGAGAAUUUACAAGCUUCAAAUCUCGAAAAUAUUGGGUCAAAAGGAUGGUUUGAAUAUCAUAAGAAAUUGAUGCUUUUAAACCAACAAAGUAUAUUUGAAAUAAGUGGUUUACAAGAAGAAAGCGUGAAAGAGUGGUUUAUUACAUUUAAAAAAAUUCCCAUUUUAGUUUAUGAAGCUAUUCAAAUAAUGAUAUGGAAAACGAAAGUUUUUCCAUUAAUGAUUGAAUUAUACGGAGAGCCAACAAAUACUUUUUUUGUAUUUAGUGUAUUUUAUCAUGAAGGAAUAUCAGUUUCGCUGCUUGAAAAUGUCUUGUAUUACUCUGAUAGUGCAGAAACUAUAAGCGACUAUAUAAUUGAUUUAAUAGACUAUGCUGUGAAUUAUCUAACAAUGCUUUUGUAUUCGGAUAAAUCAAAAGCAUCCACUGAUAACAGUACGUGUCUGGAUGACUUGAUGGAUACAAAAUCAAAAAUAGAAUUUGAUAUUGGUAUGAGGUGUAUCUCUAUCAUACGCUAUUUAGCUGAAUUUGCUGAUAAUUUACCUCUUUGCGCGCUAUCACGAAUGUUGAGCAUAAACGAUGUCCCUUAUUUAUUUUCUCAAUUAAUUGAAUUGCAGCCAUGGAAAAAACGUAACGAUAAAGGCGAAAUAAUGAUUUACAAUGGAAAAUGGGAAAAAUUAGAAGACGAAAAUAUGGAUAAGAUUUGUAAUUUUGAGGGCCAAGUAUGGUUUGGUCUCAGAGAACUUUUACUCAAUCCAAAAUGUGCACCGUAUUACGAUAUUACGGAAGUUCGAAUGUCUCAAUUAUUAAAAUUGCAGAAAUAUAUCCAAGAGCAUGUUCUUGACCAAAUAGCUCCAUUGAUAGAACUUCGAAGAUGGCUAAGCUAUUUAAACAUAACUUCGCAAACCCCAAAUAAGCAGCGACCAAUAAAUGUUGAAAUGAUUCCAAUAAGCAAUUCAAUUAAAGAAAAACACGAUAAAAGAUGGAAGAGAUUAGCAGAACAUCACGCUAAAACUUUAUUUUCAAAAGAUAUAGAACAUAUUAAAAGUAUGGCACAAAUUUUAAGCGACGCCUAUGAUUUUGAUAAACUUGAUAUCAUAGAUACUAAAAAGUGUCAGCGAUGCAAGAAAGUUGCAAAGCAUCGAUGUUCAAGAUGCAAAGAAUCUUGGUAUUGUGGAAGGUACAUUAGAAUGCCAAGUUAA